CUGAGGUUGAGACUCCCGCCGCGACCAGAACGUGUACAAAUACCAAAGCCAUGCCCGUUGCUCUUCACCAUCAAUCACUUCUUCUCAUCAGCUUCAACAACAGCAGUCUCAUCUCCUUCUGUCCUCUUUCCUAGGUUUUUCCUUUGGGUUUCAUCCUCGCAACCGCAUCAUCUCAGCAACGACCGCGUCGCUGCAUCUCCUUCCCUUUCACAGCACCAAUUUUGUCAAACACUUCAAACUCACGCUUCAUCAUGAAGUGGUACGCCACCAUUCCACUCUUGUGCUCCCUCGCGAGCGCGGCCAGCUGGUCCAGCGGGAUCUGGCAGAACCAGUACUACAUUGGCGGCGAAGGCGGUGAUCCCUUCACGGCUGUGGCUGAGGAGGGCCAGGUCGUUUCCAAGCUGCGCGUGUACAAGUCGACCAAGGACGACAUCUACCUGCGCGGCAUCAAGCUCUUCUACACUGACAACACCGAGAAGGUGAUUGGCAGCGAGCUGGGCGACUGGGACGAGCACGCGUUCGAGGCCGGCGAGGUCGUCAAGUCCAUGUCCCUCUGGGGCGACGGCAAGGGCAAGCGCACCGGCCGCAUCAAGUUCACCACUGACAAGGGCGAGUUCGACUUUGGCAAGGACACAAAGGGCCAGCAGGAGUACCCCAUCGACGUCGGCUCGGGCAUCCUGAUCGGUUUCGGCGGCCGUGCCGGCUCCGACAUUGACCAGCUGGCGGCCAUCUUCAUCAAGGGCCUCAAGCAGCGCUACUUUGACAACAUCAAGUACGCCGACUUUGACAUUGGCUCGGGGUUCGAGCUCGAGACCAUCAAGCAGUCCGACGUCCUCUAUCAGGGCUCCCAGUACACCUAUACCUUCACCGGCACACAGACCUUCACCAAGUCGAGCACCUUCACAUACUCCAUCACCAACUCGCUCAGCAUCGGCACGACCUUCAAGGCCGGGGUCCCCGAGGUCGCCGAGAUCAGUGUCAGCGCCGAGUGGACCAUCAGCGGCACCGUCGAGCGCGGCGAGACCGAGACCACCACCGACACACUGACCUGGUCCAUCGCCGUCAACGUCACCGACGAGGCCUCGCAGCGCCGCUGCACCGCGUCCUACUACAAGGGCAACGUCGACGUCUCCUGGACCGGCGACUUUGUCCUCAUCGACAACGACGGCAACGAGUACCGCAUCCCCGUCAGCGGCUCCACAAAGUCCGUCGACGCCUCCAAGGUCAUCGCCUCCUGCGAGCCCCUCGGCCAGGCCGGCAAGCGCACCGUCUACGAGACCAUUACGGGCCCGGCCGCCGCCACCACCGGCCCCCCGACCACCCUCCUCAAGCGUGCCGCGCCCACCGCCAUUGCUGCCUUUUAAGCGAUUCUCUCCGCCUUGCCUGUCGAGCGUGUUGCCGCACCGGCACGCAUGUUUUGUGGCUUGUAGGCUUGGACAGUCUGCUGCCUCUUAGAGCUCCACUUUUUCAUUACAACACCCAUCCUUCUUCAUCAUCUGCUGCGUGGUAAGAAGGGCUUUACGAGGAGCAUCGUGGAUUCUGGCGUUGCUUCUCUUGGCUUGGGUUGCCUUCAUCUGCAUUUCCAUUGUUGGUACUCUGUCAUGUUUAUAGUCCCCUUAGAAGUUUUGUAUAUAGAACAUCGCAAGAUUUAUAUCACAUUCCUCUGUGCUGGAAGCCCUUUCCCGCUAGGGCUGGUGGUGAUAUGUCUGUGUGCUUAGUAGAUUUGUCCUUCUCUCUCCAGUCAUCACUCAAAGCAGCCACAGUCUCGGGCAAGCAAGUAGAGUCGUUGCAAAUAAAGUGCUCUUCUAAGCUAUUAGAAGACAGGGGAG